GUGUAUAUAACAUUUUCUUCUGUAUCGUGUCGUGUUUGUGAAGUAUAACGGUUUGCUUUCAGUUGUCUGUGAAUUUAAAUUUCCCGAAGAGCAAGAUGAUCGCGAUUCUGCCGGGUAUUAUGUGUGCGCCACAAGGCACUCCAUAUCGUAUGCUGUCAUCAUCUCCUACAUCCCCACUCCCCGCACAACGCAAACUGUCAAAACACGCCGCACAGCUGUCACACAGUGUCGUAUUUUGUUAUUGUACGCGAAACAAAAAUGAACCGUCUGUUAUGUACAACUCUGGUGAAAUAUUCUCAAUGGAAUGCAAUUAAACCGAACCGUACCGUGCAAUGGUGCGCCCUUUCGACAUCCAGCAGCAGCUUGCAGGCAGCGGCAGAACAAAAUACUGCAACCAGCCAGCACUACGACAUAAUCAUUGCCGGUGGUGGAAUGGUCGGAACGGCACUAGCCUGCGCUCUUGGUAAAAACACACGUCUGCAGAACAAAAAUAUCCUGUUGCUGGAGGCGGCAGCCGGCUUCAAGCAACCGUCCACAGAGCAGUACAGCAACCGGGUGUCGGCAAUCAGCAAGGGCACGUACCGCCUAAUGAAGACAAUCGGUGCGUGGGAGGAGAUUGAGCAAACACGCGUCAAGCCGGUGCUAAAGAUGCAGGUAUGGGACGCCUGCUCGGACGCCUUGAUAACAUUCAACUAUGACGAUUUCUCUGAAAACAUUUCCUGGAUCGUGGAAAAUGAUGUACUGCUUGCCAGCAUCUACCGGCAGUUAGAAAACGUACCGAACGUGCAUGUGCGCUAUUCGUCGAAAAUUGCCAGCUGCGAGCUGAUUCGUGACGGAGCAGACAAAAGCACCGUGCGCCUUUCCGACGGUGAAACGCUCAAGUGUGAUCUAUUGGUUGGUGCGGACGGUUACAACUCCCUGGUGCGCCGGCAGAUGGGUGUCCAAAAUUUCGCUCUCGCCUACAAUCAGAUGGGUGUGGUGGCAACGCUACGGCUGGCCAACGGUCCAACCGACAACGUAACCGCCUGGCAACGUUUCCUGCCAACCGGUCCAAUCGCGCUGCUACCCCUGAACGAUGACACCAGCUCCCUCGUGUGGUCAACCGGUGUGGCAGAAGCGAAACGACUGCUCCAGCUCGAUGGUGACUCGUUCAUUGCUGCCGUUAAUGCUGCGUUCCAUAAACCGAUGCCCCGCAACACACUGGUGGAUGACGUGAUGAAGGGCGUAAAUACGCUCGUUAAGCAAACCACCGGCCAGCGGCUCGAGGCGGCUCCGGUUGUGGAGAAGGAACUUCCCAGCUCCCGUGCUGCAUUCCCGCUCGGACUCGGCCACACUAGUACCUACGUUGGACAGGGCGUCUGCCUGAUCGGUGAUGCGGCACAUCGUGUACAUCCGCUUGCCGGGCAGGGCGUUAAUCUGGGAUUUGGUGAUGUGCAGACGCUGGUGGACGUGCUGGCCGACGCAAACUAUGCCGGGCUAGGUAUUAGCAACCUCAGCGAGCUGCUCAGGUAUGAACAGCAGCGAUUGAAGCACAACGUACCGGUACUCCUUACCACGCACAGCCUCCAGCGGCUCUACUCGACAGAUUUCGUACCAACCGUUGCCCUCCGUAGCAUUGGUCUCACACUAACCAAUGCCUUCCCACCAGUGAAGAAAUUCCUAAUGAACUAUGCCAUGUCCUAGAAGCUAAUUUAAGGAGCCCAGCCAAAGAAAUGGAGAGAAGGUGUUUUUUCCAUGAUUGAUCGAAAUUAUUAGUGUAGUCGAGUAUGAACUGAAAUGAACAUGAGACGAUGAUAAGAGCGAAAACGUGCAAGAUUUUGGUGUUUUUAAUUUUGAAGGGAAAUGUUGUAGAAUGUACAUUAAUUCUGCUUCAUUCGAUCGCAGUACCAAUUGAUGCUAUGUGUGAUAUGUAGUUAGUGUUACGCCUUCACUUGAAAUGCACAUGACGAUCUUAUCCAUAUAGAUACAUAUAUCCAAAGUUGAGCUGGUAUAAAAUGUCAAUAGUCGUCCCGUUUGGAAAAAAAUGCGUUAUUACGCUUUAGUGAUGACUUCAUUGAAAAACGUCGUACCUCAUUGCCAAAUCGUACUUGGUCUCUCCAAAUUAGGGACAAACCUCACAUUACGUAGCAUGUGACAAGGUCUUCUACCGGUCCUAAAGUGAAGUAAAUCAAGUUGUGAACAACUUCUCAAAUGUAAACACAAAAAGAGUAGUAAAACGAAUAAUACCCCUUUUUCAUUCCAUCUACAGCUGACUGUUUGCAAAUUUGAUCUGCUAACCGUGUAUCUACAAACUGCGCAGCCCAGGUGUAUGUUACACCGUAUAAAAGUAACAGCAUUGUCAAACAAAGUAAAUACUGCUCUAGCUGCACGUUUUACCAUUCGUAUGUGGGGUCAGAAAAACUGUACGAAUCAAAAUAUCUUUAACGAAAAAAACACAUAGUUUAACAACAUUUUUGAAAACAGCUUAUCGAACUUCAUAAACAUAUAACGAACGCAUUGUUUAUGCCAAUCGAAACACAACCCCUGCACAGGGUUACCUUGGAACGAAAUCGAAUGAAAAUCUGGUUGCCACGUUUCCCCUCAUCAAUGCACGCAUACACGCACACAUUGCAUGUUUUGCGACAGGUUUUUACGCGCACAGACACAUAUGCACUGCAUAAAGGCUGUUGAAGACGUCGAACAAUGCGGAGUUGCUUCUCAGAAAGGUGCUAGCCGUCGACGAGACUGGUGUUGUUUUUUCUCGCUCUGCAAGCAGUGCUGUGAAAGUGUGUGUGCGCAGUUAGAUACUGUUUUGUCUUUAUCUCUCAUGCAAAAGUGCUUACGAUGCAUGGAAAAUCAGCACCGGUUGAGACAGCUAUGCAUCUUUCUCGCACCCUAACUCUGCUUUUCCUUACCAGAAAUCUAUAUGGGACCUGAGUCAUUUGCAAUUUCUAAAGCGCAUCGGACGUACCCUGUGUUGCCGAUCGCCAAUGAUGCCACAUCUUCGACUGAUAGCGAGAGAAGAGGUUAACGUUACCGCCGGAGGAUAUUGCCUUUGUUUCAUCUGUCGGCCCGUUUGAUUCUGCUUCGAGCAAAAGGAGGCGAUGGACGGUGUUGAUGCACAUUCUUUGAAGGAGAGAAAACCACAUCUGCCAAAUGUUAGCAGGCGGGUAUACAAUGGUUAUAUUUAAUAAGCACAUUUUCGUGGCAAAAUGGGAAUUUUAGCUUUCUUUGACAGCCUAGCCUUCUCCUCUCUACUACCCUCCUCUCUUCACCUCGUGAACCGUCGGCACUACUUUAUUUAAGGGCACCACUACCGCUACUGGUGUGUUGUGGAAGGCAGCUGAACUUGUAAGCAACAGGCAUCCCCAAAUCAGACGAACUAUAAUGUGCGGGCCCUGACCUCGGUAGAUCUCUCUCCCUUCACGUCUAAGUAUUAAAACAUUUUUUGAACUUUGACAUCCUCGGUGAGAAGUGGGUCACUUAUAUUGUGAGAAGAAAAAAAAACAUAUUGUAGCUCACCUCGGUGAGAACGGUUCAUAUAAUGCCGUGUGCAGGUGUCAUAGAACCCUGUUUGAGCUUAUAUUUUCAACUCUUUGUUGCAAAAAAAAAAAAUAAUUCUUCGCAAAGCUGCGUAGGUGGUACAGCAAAAAUAAAACAACGUAACGCUGUUUUUUCUUCACCCUCGUUUCUCACAUCUCACCGAGUGAAUUUUGAUUGCGUUUUCGUAAACGAUCAGCAGUAGUUUGUGAAUCAUUCGAGUCGCAUGACUCGCUUAAUGCACGAUAAGCGUUUCGCUACCUUUUUAUAGAUGCAGCGUCGAAAUAUGGGGUUACAAAACGCAGAUGCGUGUAUGAGUUUCUCGACUAGACUUCAAGGGCAUCCCUGCGCGAACAUCUACUGCGAGGACGAUUUUUAACAGACCAGAGGCGGAAAGUGCGACAGCUCGCGUUUUAUGGAUUUGCUUACGCAUCCCGUGGUUGCGCUCCAGCUCUCGGACUACCUUUGGCCACUGCAUAGCUCGGCAGUUGAGAAGGACGUGUGGGACGGAUUGGGAUUGAUGAGCCGGUCGACCAUCGAUUAUGCUUUGCUACCUCGUGGAAAGGGAUUACAUUUCAUCCAGCACGUGUUAUUCGGCUAGACCGCGAUAAAUGUCUUAUGUAUCUCAUCAUCUAUAUAAAGGAACGUACAGAUGACCACUCCUGAUUCGCGCUUAGGCGUACUUCUACGAACAAAGGAAUGGAACUGUUUGCCGAAUCGCAAGACUACAACUGUUUGCUCGUCAUUUGUCAUUGCGUCCAGACGAUUUGCUCCUGCACGCGGAAAUAUAGUCGAUCGGCCGACGUGUAGUCUAUUCGACGGAAUGUUGUCGCUGGUGACAACCGUUUUGGACACGUCAGCAUUGGCGCAACCGCCCAUCGCUUCGUUGCAGCUUGCUGUCUGGUUUCUUUCACUCUUCUUCUGUUUUUUUUUGGAAGAGUCGAACCAGAUAUGCGGUAAAGCUACGAUGCGCAUGGAAACUGGACUAUAGAGGCACGAUGCGUAACAUAUGGAGGAUUGAAGAGGAUCACGUCCUUUGGCUGUAAGGAGACGCACACAUCUUUCAUAUCUACUCACUCCCUCCCCUGAGAUUGAUUUUCACCCAAUGACGUCCGUGUGUUGGUGUAUUAUGUUUCGAUUAUGUGUCUCCUCUUCGGUUGGAUUCGGAUUGUAUGGUGGGCAGCGAUUGAAGGAAAUAUUGUCUGAAAAGCCCAAGCAAGCGUGAAGAGGAAGCAGAUAGUCGCAAGAAGAUGGGCUCUCAUCGAGGUUAGGUUUUGGUUCCGGGUAGGCGCGGGAAGGCGGGUUGGCGGGUUCCUGAUGGCGGCGAGGAGGCGUGGAGAUCGGCGUUCUGGAGAUGGUUUUGCUCGGCAAGCGAGAAGAACCGCUGGACACGGACGGUGUCGGCAGGUGGCAAUGCGAGAAGAGAGCAAAAUCCAACGACAUUUUCCAGCAGGCGUGUUGUGAUCGGGGAGAUCUUUUACGGCUCGAAUGCUUGAAAACGAUGUCGGUGAUAUGAUUUUUUUGCGGAUGCGUUGGUGAACGAACGCGCAUUACACACCGAGUGAUCAGAAGUGCUUUGAAAGAGAUAUUUCUGAGCAUCACUACUCUGACGGUCGACAAAGUAUGGACAAUGAACUCACGCUACUUGGAAGUUACGCAUUUAACGGAGCGUUUGAAUAAUUCUACUCAGACUGAUAUGUUCCUUGAAAACAAUCAGUAACAUAUCCUGGCCGUGUCAUUAUAACCAUAGAAGAGGAGGAAGAUGUUAUAUGGAACCGAUGAACGACGGUUGAGUGACGUGCGAACAGAAGUCGAUCGAUUGAAACAACUUGUGCAGUCAAUUGUUAUCUACAAAGAAGAGCAUUUUUUCGCAAACGUUUUGCGAUAACAUUGCUUGCUGGAUUGGUUAAUACCAAGACGCCUGACGAACACAACAGCAGAAGCAUAAGCUCUACACUUGAGCAUACAACGCAGUGUGGUAGAAAAACAUAAAUUCAAGAUUUUCUUACGACCGGUUCCAAUCAGUUCUUCAUAAAGCAAGUGCCUGCAAAGUAAAAUGUUGUUUCCGACUUUCAACUUUCACAGUUUUUGCCUCUAACCUGUUAUGAAGAGGCGUUUCACGACAUCAUCACACAUGACGAAUUGCUUAUCUACACACCGUUUCUUCAAUACGCACGGGAAUGCUGUAACGCUUACUUCACUACAAGAUAAUUCUGAGCACGGACACUGAUUGUUGAUGGCGGUCAUUCAGCAAAAUAAUGCGAUGCACAAAGGGGCUUCAUCACCUGAGACUUACAUUACAACUCAUCGAUGGUUCAAUUCAUUGUUAGGCGAUCCUUCUAAUAGUAGACGUGGUAUUUGGCUGGCUGAGGCAUAUGAGGAAGAGACCAGUUACUACUGUCAAGCAUUCAAAUGUCUACGACCAGAAUGAAUAGCUGCUUUACGCCUAGGCGUACCGAAUGUGUUUUAGUCAUCUUAAUAGUAGGAAUGUCAGCAGUUCUAAAAAUGAUAAUUUUUUCCAAGCUUAUGCUGAACUACUAAUGUUAUACACAAACCCUGAUGUACACCGGAUACCUGUGUUGUCAUGUAGUGCACAGAUUGUUUAAACACUAAUGCCAACUAUGUGCUGCCCGAUCUCAUCAUGUGAGUAGAGUAACGAGAAUCAAUGAAACAAGAAGAAUAUACCUGUACGGGAAUGGUCCACUGGAGUAACUGUCGGCUGUUAUGCGGAUGGUAAUAUCCCAGACGCCCAGAAGUCCCUCUGCAAGGUGGUGUCAAAACUAGACCACACGCGAGCUGUGUCAACAUUGACUGAUCUGAUUUGUUUCAUCUCUUAAACUGUAUUUGAAAGAGACGGAUCAGUUGUGCUCAUGCUGAAUUCGGAGCGCAAUGGAUACUACUCGGAAGCUAAUAAGAAUAUCGAAUGUAUUCAGCCUGGUCGUUGGACGAAGCUCACAUCUUUCACGUCUACUCACUUCGUACCCUGAGAUUGGUUUUCACCUAAUGAUGUCCGUGCGUUGGUGUAUUUCGAUUAUGUGUCUCCCCGUCGGUUGGAUUCGGAUUGUAUGGUGGGCAGCGAUUGAAGGAAAAAUUGUCUGAAAAGCCCAAGCAAGCGUGAAGAGGAAGCAGAUAGUCGCAAGAAGAUGGGCUCUCAUCGAGGUUAGGUUUUGGUUCCGGGUAGGCGCGGGAAGGCGGGUUGGCGGGUUCCUGAUGGCGGCGAGGAGGCGUGGAGAUCGGCGUUCUGGAGAUGGUUUUGCUCGGCAAGCGAGAAGAACCGCUGGACACGGACGGUGUCGGCAGGUGGCAAUGCGAGAAGAGAGCAAAAUCCAACGACAUUUUCCAGCAGGCGUGUUGUGAUCGGGGAGAUCUUUUACGGCUCGAAUGCUUGAAAACGAUGUCGGUGAUACGAUUUUUUGCGGAUGCGUUGGUGCACGAACGCGCAUUACACACCGAGUGAUCAGAAGUGCUUUGAAAGUGAUAAGCAGCCAACAAAUUCUCAUGGAAGUUUAAGGCUCAACAAAUUUGUUGAAUGAAGUCGAACAUGGUUUGCGAAUAUUUGUCGCAAUCGAUUGUAUUAUUACAACUUGGACGAAUGGUUCGAACCCCUGAUAAAUUCUAACUUUCUUUCCGUUCCUCAUGUGAAAUUGAAAGCAAAAACAAGAAAAUCUCCAACAACUUGAAUCGAGAAAAUGCGUAUUAGGCAACCCAAUUAUGUAUCCAGCAAAAUGGUGCCUGUUAUCAGUCCUGGCGAAAUGUGAAUUAUUAGAUGAAGACGAAAAACUGCAUCACUGCUAUUAUUUAAGCAAGAAGUACUCUAUGGACGGAAAAACAAAAUAGCACAAACAUGUGUAUCAAGAUACGUUAUCAAAAGUGUAUUGCUAUACUUUUGAAUAAGAGCAUUACUGAAAUCGUUAAAAACGAACAUACUACAACGAAUGAAAAGGAUUAUGAACAAAUGUUUUUCUUAUUGGGCUUCGCUUUAAAGUGCCAAUCAAACAGCCUUACUACAAAUAACUGCUUUGUUAUAGAAGCAAGUAUCACUUACACAAUAUACAUCAUGCUAAAUGUUAAAAAGGUUUCUACGUAAACGUACUUCGUUUUAAAAUGGUGAUAAAUACGGCGUUUUAUAUCGAGCGUUAUUGAAGAAUUGGAAAAUAAUCCUACUUACCAACCAAACCAAGAUCACAAAUCAUAACUCAAUCAUAAUAGCUGUUGAAAAGGCAUUGAAAUGGCUGAACUUUUAAGGCUUUUCUUUUAAGUAGUUUAUUCAAAACCAACAAUGAAACGAAAACAAAAUCAGAAGAAAAUACGACGCGCAGGACCUGUGGGAAUGUGGAUGGGUAUACGAUAAAAAAGCAGAAUACGUGUUAAGCAAGAACAAAACAAAAUAUCUUCUAAACAAGCAUUAAAAACAUUGCAACAACUUUCUUGAUGUUGAUGAAAAAGCACAAGAGCAUGAGGGUACCAGAGUACCUAUUUAAUGUGAAGUCGAACGUUGAUAGCACACUUUGAAAGACACAUAAUGUAUGAAAUAUGAUGAUGAUAACGCAAGUGUAUAAAUUUCAAUCACUUGGAAUUACUACACGAUCUACUCUACCCGCUUCCGGCGGUGUGCUAGGCAAGGCAACGUUGUUUUGAGCCUAGUUUGAAUUGUAACACACAAGAAAAAAAACCCCAAAUAGAAAGCAAAACAGCAGUGUUUGGUUCCACAUCUCUUACUGUUCUCUCUGCUUCAACUUGUGUGAAGAAUUGUUGCUAUGCAUCCUCCUUCCCCUUCCGUCCCUCCACGCCCCCGGGCGGACCGACGGUCGGAAAAGGUUGAUGAAAAGAAAAAGAGACUUUAAUAAAAAUUGCAUUUUCCAUUUUCAAACGAGAAA